UCCUUUGCUGUCACAUGCUAUCAUUAGAUAUUCAAAGGUAGUUACCUCAGAAACCGUUGCCGAUGAAGAAGUAAAAAGAGCAGUAGUCAAAGCCUUGGGGUUUUAAUUUUCUGUCGAAACCAAAGUCAGGCGAAUCAGGAAUAACGCGAAGAAUGCAAGAACGUUUGGUUGUGAGACUGGUGGUUGGACAAUGGCUGCUGGUUGUCAUAUCCUCAGCAGCUCCACAAGCGCAGUAUCAACUUCGUCGUCCAGUUCAGACGAAUGCGCAAACACGAACCUUUCCCCAAAACUUACUGAGCGGACGAAAAGGUCCACAAACGCAAUUUCAAUUCCGGCGUCCAAUUCAGAUGGGUGCACAGGUCCGUAAUUUCCUUCCGAACCGUCUCAUCACAAAGAAAGCUGGACGUUACCCACCUCUCCCACCCAGUAAAGGGGCACAGUUACCAGCUGAUAACAGGAAUUUUAUCCCCAACAGAUUUGACAUUCCUGCAAGUGUCAUACACAAAAAGCCCGGAUCCUCAGUAGGAUGUGUUGGGGCUGAUCCUUGUGGACUGCUUCCUCCAUAUUCUUCACCAGCACUCCCACUUGCUCCCCCUCCGGUGCCUUACGCUGGAUUUCCCCCACCACCAGUCCCAUACGGCCCCCAGAGGUACGCUCAACCAGCCCCCAUGGCUCCCAAUGGGUAUGGUAUGCACUCAAUCAACGCCAUGGCUCAAGAUGCAGCAGCAGCAAUGGCCUCUAAAUUAAAAAUUCUUGGUGGGACACAUCCCGAGAAGAAAUUCGUGCCGCAUCUUCCACCCAUGGGGAGACAACAGCCGGGGAAACCUCCUUACGAUCCCCCACCUCCACCCCCAGCGCCACAGGCAACAGCGGGAUUUGCCCCAGGGCUACCGGGGCAGCUGCCAUAUCAGCAGCCAUUUGGCUACAAUCAGCAAGGCAUGCCUCCUCAAACUGCUGCAUUCGACUCUCAGCCGGCUCCCGGGUUUCCUCAGCCUGUAGCGCCUCCAAUGCAAGGAAGCUUUGCCGAUCAGCAAACUCUACCGGCUCCACUUCCCUUUCCCCAGAACCAGGCCCCUGCAUUUCUCCCUCAGCAGCAAUCGCCCACAGGACCUCAAACACCACAGCUGGUUAACAAUGAUGUUCCUCAAGUGCCCUUUCCGGCUGAGAUGAAUCAAGCCCCUGCGUUUAAUGACCCAGGACAACAAAUGGCACCUAAUGGUUCUUUUGACUUGGCAAAGAAGAGGAUGAUGGCUUUGAAACUAAAAGGUCAAAUGAAGAGAUUUGGAGUUCCUAGACCUGUACAGAAAUCAAGACUGACACCUAAGCCCUUAUUCAAACGGCAUUUGUAGUGUAAUUUCUAAACAAAUGAUAAUUUAAACCUGAGUACUGCAGGUCUGUAAUUAUUGCAAUCUAAUUUAAUAAAUCUAAAAUAUAUAACA